CAAGUAAUAAUAUAUUGCAGAACCCCCCUCAGUAUUUCAGAGUGUUGUAGUCCAAGGCGCGCUCAGCGAUUUGGCGCUAGAGUGUCUCCCCGUUUACUGUACGCUCCAAAGCAGCUUCUGUAACAUAGACACUUUUAAUCUUUUAGCUUUUGACUAGGUUUUUUAUAUAUAACCACAUGAUAUUAAUGGACAAUCAUGUCUGAAGAGGAAAAGAAGGUUUCCGACGAACUUUUCAAAGAUGUCAAAUUCUACGUGGUAGGGGACAUUGACCAAAAGGUGGUGCAGCUGCUGAAGGCCGGAAAAGGGAAGGAGGUGUCCUACAAUGCUCUGGCCACUCACAUCAUUGCAGAGGACGGGGACAACCCUGAGGUGGGCGAGUCAAGAGAAGUUUUUGACCUGCCUGUUGUCAAGCCGUCCUGGGUGAUCCUCUCAGUCAGAUGUGGAGACCUGUUACCAGUCACUGGAUUCUCCCCAGAAUCAGGACAGAUAUUCUUUGGUGUGACAGCUUGUCUUCCCAGGCUUCCAGAAGAUCUCAACGCUUUGUGGGCGUACAUAACCUUUUAUGGAGGAGAAUGUCAACUUAACCUCAACAAGAAGGUUACCCACUUAGUAGUCAAGGAACCAAAGGGGGCCAAGUUUGAGUGUGCCCUAAAACACCCAGGCAUCAAGAUUGUCACCCCGGACUGGAUAAUAGAUUCAGUUAAAGACAAAAGCAGGAAGGAUGAGAUGCUCUAUCACCCCAGACUCACAUACGUGGAGCCUGAGGAAGAGGAGGAGAGUGAAGCUGAGUCAUACGACCAGCGCUCCCACUCAGAUGGAAGCUACAGCCCGCGGCGAUCCCGGCUGUCCAGUGGCGGCUCAUCUGGUGAGGAGUCCAGCCCCCGCAGACGACCAGGGCCCAAAAAACUGAACUCCAUUUCCCCGACGUCUCCCUGCAAACCUGAGCGCCGCAGUGAGCGGAUGUUUGAUGACUCUGAUGAUGACUCAUCCACAGAGAAGGAGGGCACCAACCUCAACUGGACACCGGCUGAAGUCGUCACGCCAACCCCUCCUAUUGCGACUGGCACAGCCAGACGACGAGGCGGGCCACCCGGCAGCAAAGACCCAGUGUCGUCCACAGGCAGCGGGCUGAUUAACCUGUGUGCCACUGUUCCUCCUGUACCUGGCAGUGGAGGAGCUCUGCCCGCAGAGGCUCGCUCUGCUGCUGCCGCCAUCAGUCACACCACACAGCAAGGUGUAUCAGUUCCAGAGGGGUGGAGCCAGGCUGCUCGAACCCUCCGCAACAUCACCAACAACUCUGACAUGCAGCCAGCCAAUCGACCUGCCAACGUAGCACAUAUCAUCCAGAAUCUGACAGCCAAUCAGACCAAGCCAUUGGAGCAGCAGACCAAUCAGAGCCAUGCUCAGACCCCAAACAGUACCAACCCUCUUCUGUUUAAUCAGUCCAAACUGCCCGGCCAGCCCCUCACAGCAGAGCAGCAGCAACAGUUACUGCAACAGCAACAGUCACACCAGGCUGCACAGCAACAACACCAACAGUUACCGCAGCAACCGCAGCAUCCUAUGAUGCACCUCCAGCAGCAGCAUCAGAUGAUGCAGCUACAUCACCAACAGCAACAACAUCAACAGUCACAAGUCACACAGCAGCAAGGGUUUGCACAGUUACCCCAACAGCAACAACAGUUUCUGCAGCAGCAGCAGCAAAUGCACCAACAGCAGAUGUUUUCCCAGCAGCAGCAGCAGCAUGCGUUCUCCCAGCAGCAGCUGCGGCCUCAGCAGCUCCUGCGGCCUGGUUUACAGCAGCUGCAGCAGCAACAGGCACUACAACAACAGCUCCAGCAGUUCCAACAGCAGCAACAGCGAAUGCAGAUGUUACAGCAACAGCAGCAACAGCAGAAUCAACAGCAGUUACACCAACAACAUCUACAACAGCAGCAGCAGCAGCAGCAGCAUUUCCUACAACAGCAGCAACACAUGCAGCAGAUGCAGCAGCAGCAGCAGCACCACCUGCAGAAUCAGCAACAGCAGCAGGCUGUGCAGCAUCAGAACCAGCAGGUCCUACAGCAACAGCAGCAGCAGCAGCAGCAGCAGCAGCAGCACCAGACAACGCUGCAGCCUCAGCUCCAGCAGCCUCCUCACGUCUCCCAGCUGUUUGGACACGAGCCAGGACAAGAAAUUCCACAGGAUGGCUUCCUGCUAGGCUGUGUGUUUGCUAUUGCUGACUACCCAGAACAGAUGGCUGACAAACAACUCCUGGCCACAUGGAAGAGGGUCAUCCAGGCGUGUGGAGGUGCUGUUGACCCCACCCUGACCAGCCGCUGCACACACCUGCUGUGUGAGAGUCAAGUCAGCACCAUGUAUGUACAGGCACUCAGAGAGGGAAAGCGCUGUGUAACAGCCCACUGGCUCAACACUGUACUGAAGAGGAAGAGGAUGGUUCCUCCUCAUCGGACUUUACAUCUGCCCUUCGCCUUUCCUCCUGGAGCCAAACCCUGCUCUCAGCACAUUAUAUCAGUGACAGGUUUUGUGGAUGCUGACAGGGAUGACCUGAAGUUGAUGGCCUACCUUGCUGGUGCCAGAUACACGGGAUAUCUGUGUCGCAGUAACACUGUCCUCAUCUGUAAAGAACCCAGUGGGCUUAAAUAUGAGAAGGCAAAGGAGUGGAAGAUCCCAUGUGUGAACGCCCAGUGGCUGUGUGAUAUACUGCUGGGAAACUUUGAAGCACUAAGACAAAUUCAGCACAGCAGAUACUCCAUCUACACGCACCCCGAACCACUGGUGCCUAAUCCACAGCUGGUCCAGAACCUAUUGGCUGCCUGGAGAACGCCGAUUAAAGUAUCUUCCGAAGCUUUGGCGAGUCUCCAGCUGCUCCAGAAGCAGAAGAUAACUGACUCCACCAACCAGCCUGCAAACAAGAAGGCCAGACUGGAAGAGAUCCAGUCCCCCAAUAAGAAGCUUCCUCCGGAGUCCACUCCCCGAGUCAUGUUCACAGGUUUUGAGCCCAUGCAAGUACAGCAGUACACAAAGAGGUUACAUGCUUUAGGUGGAGAAGUAGCAGACAGCAGUCAGAAAGUCACUCACCUGGUGGCCAGUAAGGUGACCCGCACUGUCAAGUUCCUCACCGCCAUGUCUGUGGUCAAACACAUCGUCAGUCCAGAGUGGCUGGAGGAGAGCUGGAGGAGCCAGAAGUUUGUGGAUGAGCAGAGCUAUAUUCUGAGGGAUGCAGAGGCGGAAGUACUGUUUGCCUUCAGUUUGGAGGAGUCACUAAAGAGAGCCCACAGUGCACCCCUCUUCAAGGGGAAGUACUUCUACCUCACCCCAGGGAUCUGCCCCAGCCUCAGCACCAUGAAACCCAUCCUGGAGAGUGCUGGUGGAAAGCUGCUGGCCAAACAGCCCUCCUACAGAAAGAUCAUGGAGCAUAAACAGAACAAGAACCUUCCAGAAAUCAUUUUAAUAUCCUGCGACAAUGACCUCCAUCUCUGUAGAGAAUACUUCUUGAAAAACAUUGAUGUCCACAACGCUGAAUUCAUCUUGACAGGAGUUCUCACCCAGAAACUGGACUACGACUCGUAUAAGUUCACUUGAUGGUGAAGCAACAAUGACAUGACAGGAUGAAGAGGAGGAGGAACAGAUCAGGAAACCACCUGUGUACAGUCCAGCCACACUGACUUUUCUAUGUUUUUAUUUCUGUGCAUAGAUCUCCAGUCAUUUUGUAGCUUUUUGUUACCUGUUUGAGAAUAAAUAAAUGGAUGUUAUUUUUAUGAAACGAAUGUUUAAAUUAUAGAAGAUUUUAACUUUUUUCUGUUGUUCAAAUAGAAUGUGUAAAGGCUUCAGCUCGUACACGCUGCUUUUUGGAAU